GAUUCAUCCAAUUCGAUUCAUUCAUGUUAAAUUCGAUUCGAUUCAGCUGAUUCGAUUCCCGCUUGGCGCAGCUGUCGUGAUCACGACUUCCACAAACCUUGAAGCUAGGUAGCUUAGCAAAAAGAUCGAAGAAUUUUCUCUCACAAAUCAUAGACGACUAACCAAGAAGAGGAGGAGCGACGAUACAAUUUGUGGAUCAAUCAACCAUGGCUCCACUCCAAAAGGACGAAGCAGUGGUUGCCACUUCCUUGUCGAUUUCCAACGACGACUUGGUGGCGGAAGCAUGGAAGCAUGUGGCGUUUCUGCAGGGUUUGCACGAGCUUUCCGUGACGUUGACCAAGCCGUCCCUCACGAGUUUGGAUCGAUAUCUCAACUACUGGCUGCCUUUGGUGUCGGCUCACAUGGAUGACGAUGAAGACUUGAUUCCAGCCCCCGAUAUUGCUUGGCUGUGGCAUUGUCAUCGCUUGGCUCCGGCUCGGUACGAGCGUCACGUCAUGCAUCGCUUCCACAAAUUGGUGGAAACUCCCCAGAAUGCUUUUGAUUUUCAAGUUGAAUCAGAUGAACGGGUGCCAGCUCAAGGCACACGCCGUUUGUGGCAAGAUCGAUACCCCCACACUCCCUUUUUCUUGUCGGAAGUAGCUUUCGUGGAUGACAAUCACAAUGACGACAAAAAGUCGGGCGACAACAUUGAUGUGCUUGCCUUUUUGAAGGAGUUUGAAUUGAUCGAGUCCACCACACGCCAAGCCACCUUUCUGUGGCAAGUCUCGGGAGUUCGAUAUUGCGACGCGGACUUUUUGCAUCAGGGGGCAGCGAACUAUAUUCAAUUUCUGCAACUCUUUGGACAACAAAUGCAGCAGCAAACAACCGACAAGGACAGUAGAACUCCUCUGGUUCCUUCCUAUCAGAUUGAUCUGCUGUGGCAUACCCACAUGUUGAAAUCCAUCCAGCUCUACAACCAUGACUGCAUUCAGAGUGCUGGACAACGAUUCAAUCAUGACGAUUCCCUAAAUGAUCGAACGGAAGGAGGAACGUUGGACAGGUCAUUCCAAGCCACAUCCAAGUUGUGGAAGGAUGUCUACGGCACAGACUACGUCGUGCAGGGAGGCAUGUAUAGAGGGGAACCACCAUCUGACUAUUGGGAUCCCAAUUGGCAGACGCUCCAAGAUGAAGAACAAGCCAAGAAGAUGUUGCUACUGGCAGGUUCCUUCUCCACCGGCAAAAUGGCGCCAGGCAAUGUCCCCCUCAAGUGGCUCAAGGCCAAUACAUACAUUACGUUUGAAGGACAACCUACAUUCAUUGCUGCCAAUGCCCGCAGCCGAAAACACGGUGUCAACAACAAUGAAAUAAAGGAAAAUUACAUCUUUGGAGAGCCACAAAAAAUUGCAGGACUCGACCAAAAAGGUGUUGGCUACUAUCACAUGUACACGCGGGAAGGAUGGGCCAUUAUGAUCAAGCGCUUGGCGAAACGAGAAGCCAGAGCCCGUUCCGAAAUGGAAACUGUCAUGUGUGAGAAUUGUGCCUGCGGAAAACCCCAAAAGCUGUCACCCCGGGCGAUGGCACGGUACGAAGAAAAGGAAAAGAUUGCCAAAGACACGAACGAUCUCGUCAUGUAUGCCAAAGCUCAGUGGGAACUGGAUGGACCUGGGAGGGAAAUCACACCAGCUCUGGUUGAAAAGUUUGGUUUGGAUGGGCGUACAAAGCCCCGCGAUACAAUCUAUCGGGGUGAUGGUAGACAUGGUGAUUAUUACCUGUUUUAUUACCAUGGCGCCGCCGCAUGUGGUGGUGGGGUUACCGCUGGUGUUGGUGGUGGUGGCGGUUGCGGAGGCGGCGGAGGUUGUGGUGGAGGAGGAGGAUGCGGCGGAGGUGGUUGUGGAGGCUAGAACGAAUUCCUCGCAACAACAACAAUAAACAUCAUGCAGUAGCCUAGCCCUCUUUUGUGUUGGGUUGCAGUAUCCAGGCAAUGGCCAUAUUGUGGGAGUGAAUCAGCCAACCCAGCUUGAUGGCAAUAAACCAGAUAAAUUUUGUAACCAGAUACGUAGGUGUACUAGUAGUAUUCCUUUUCGCAAGCAAGGAGUGAAAAAUGCGGCAAAGCGGCAGCAAAGUUGCUCUGGUCUCUAGUAGUGGCAGGGCUGUAAUUGGAUAGGUCU